CCGGGCGCUCGCAGAGAUCCCGGGUGGAGUGGUGGGAGGGAGUCCCGGUUGCUCCUGCCUCCCAACGAUGGCGCCGUGGUGCCGCGCCCAGUCCCCCGCCUGCCGGCUGGUACUCACAGUUAUCGGGAACCCCCUCAGACGGUGAGAAUUGGAGCGGGUCUGAGGGAGUGGCAGAACGCUGCCUGCGACGGGGACCAUGAACAGCGGCCAGACCCUUGGGGCCGAUAGAAGGAGCAGCCCCGGCACCUGCUGAAAGGGAAGAGAGUGCGGCGACCCCUCAGAGGCGCGGUGGAGUCACGCCGUCACCUCGAACAUGUCGCUGCUCUGCGUGCGUGUUAAAAGAGCCAAAUUCCAGGGUUCACCAGACAAAUUUAACACGUAUGUGACCCUGAAAGUGCAGAAUGUGAAGAGCACAACUGUAGCAGUUCGUGGCGAUGAACCUUCCUGGGAACAAGAUUUUAUGUUUGAGAUUAGUCGCCUGGACCUGGGUCUGAGUGUGGAGGUGUGGAACAAAGGACUGAUCUGGGACACCAUGGUGGGGACCGUGUGGAUUGCACUGAAGACUAUUCGACAGUCAGAUGAGGAAGGGCCUGGGGAGUGGUCCACGUUGGAGGCAGAGACAUUAAUGAAAGACGAUGAGAUCUGUGGAACUAAAAACCCAACUCCUCAUAAAAUUUUGCUUGAUACAAGAUUUGAAUUGCCUUUUGACAUUCCAGAGGAGGAAGCCAGAUAUUGGACCUACAAAUUGGAGCAAAUCAAUGCCUUGGAAGCUGACAAUGAGUAUACUAUUCAAGAAGAAAGCCAGAGGAAGCCAUUGCCCAGUGCUGCCGCCCAGUGUUGUCACUGGACUUAUUUGGGCUGGGGAGAGCAGCAGGCUUUUGAAGAUCCUGAUAGUGCCGUGGAUGACCGAGAUAGUGACUACCGCAGUGAGACCAGCAACAGCAUCCCACCGCCGUACCAUUCGACUUCCCAGCCCAACGCUUCCACACACCAGUUUCCUGUGCCUGUGCGAUUGCCACAGCAGCUGCUACUUCACGGCAGUUGCCGGGACUCUUGCAAUGACUCUGUGCAGAGUUAUGAUUAUGACCUCGAUUACCCAGAGAGGCGGGGUCUCAGACAAGGCCUGCAGGCUAAAAUUGACAGAAUUAGGGUUAUUUCUGCUUUCUCUGAUGUUGACUAUGAAGAGCAAGAGGGUAUAUAUAAGCAGAUGGAGGGGAAAAUAUCACAAGAGUUUCUAGAAAACAGUAAGAUAAAUGUAAAAGAAGCAGAACUAAAUGAAAUUAGAACUCUUUCAAAAUCCGAUAAAUAUUAUAGACAAAAAGUACAACCAAAGUACAAGAAUUGGAAAAAGAUACCCUCUCCAAGCCAAGAAACAGAAUUCUCUACUGCCUUUAAUUUUGACCUUACGUUUGAAACAUCUGUUUGCUCCAGAUAUCCUCAGAAAUAUAAUACAAUUGAUAGAAGAAGGAAAAGGAAACCCCUGUACAGUCAUUUUGGAGACAGUGGAAGAAAACAAUAUAAUGAGAGAUUAGGAACUAAGACUAACUUCAAAAGUACAUAUCCUUACAGUGAAAAUUGUAACUUUUGCCACAUUGAAAAGAAGAAACAAAAUUACCCAGGUUCCCAACCCUACAAGAAUCCACUUGUGGUUAAUAGUGGCAUGGGGACCACUAAGUUGGAAAGUCAUGAUUAUGAUCUUCCUGGUUGUUUUAAGAAUUAUGAAAAGUUACCUGGCUUAAAACAGCAUGUCACUGAUUUCAUUCCAUUGGAUAUUCUUGAAGAUUCUACUAGCAGUACUUCUGAUGAACUUCUGGAUUCCCCCAUUUCUGAUAAGCAGGAAGGUUUUCUGUCACCAACAUGCCAUCCAUCCAAUGUCCAUCAUAUUGGAAGCUUUUCUAACGAAUAUUAUGUAGCAAAUCCAGCAUUCCCUUUACAAAGGAUGAAUUGCUAUGCAAACACACUUGGAGAUCUGUCUGGGUUCCCUGUGGAAGAGAUGGCCCCUUCUUCUAUUGAGGAUCCCAAGGACCACUAUAUUGAUACAAUGGAUGAGCUUCAGUGUUUUGUAGAAACAGUCUCAGAAUACUUAGCAGAGAAGGAAGAGGAGAUUAAUAAAUUUGGUUCCCUUUCAAAAACUAAAAAAAUACCUACACAUAAUAGUAAUCUUGAUAAUGCAGAACAGAAAAAUCCUGGGAAUCAAAUACCACCUAUAACCAUUGCCAAGAAUGACAAAGACAAGGCCAUUUGUUUCCCUGAGUUGAAUGGAGUGAAAGGUGCUGUUGGCUCUUUGUUCAGUUCACUCACAGAAAAGGUGGGCUCAGGUAAAAAACAUCUAACAAUCUCAAUGGAAAAGCUGGGUUCUUUAGUUCCAGAGAAAACAGAAACUUUUAAUCAAAUAGAGACAAUUAAUUUGGGAUCUAGACCCAGAGCCAAAUCAGUAUCAGAGAAGGAUCUUUCCAUGCAGUCUCCAUUAUCUUCUCAGAAUGUUGACAAUAAGGAUUUUGGCAGAUGUGACAUAACCUUUGGAAAUGAGCACACCAGCAGUAAAACUGGAAGUUUAAGCUUUGAGGAUGCAACAGAAACUCUUGGAAGGGACUCUGCUCCACAGAAUCAGAGUUCAGUUAUAAAGUCUGUUUUCAGUAUGCUGAGUCCAUUAAAGACCUUUUUGGAAAAGGAUGAAACUAAAAAAGAUGAUGACAAAAACAAGCCAAAAAGAAAGGAAAAUGUUGUUGGGUGUGGUUCAGAGUCAAGUCAAAGGGAAGGCACUCUUGGCAAUGACAGUAGCAUUGUUGCUUUAGAUAGGAAUAAUGGAGACGCUACAGACUCGUCCCAAAUGCCGACGAAUGAGAAUUUGUUAUCUUCUCAAACAGCCAGUGAACCUUCAAACUUAGCUAGUUCUGCAAGUAAGCAAAAUAAUACUGAUAGUCUGCUGGAGCAAAAAACCCAUAUAGACCUGUCCCUGUUACCAGAUGAACCAAAAAUAUGUGUCAAAGAUACUCCAGGACAUCCUUGUAUAGCUGGUAGUAGAACUAAGAACAAAGAGCCUUCUUCAAAGUCAUUAGAGGGGGACAGAGUUACUGCUGAUGAUAAUUUCUUUGAGCCACUCAGAAGAUCCUUUAGCCAGUUUUUGCUCACUUCCCCUGAAAACUGUUCAAAGGAAACUUUGUCAGAAUCUAGGAAAAUUCACCCGUUGGAGGAAGAUGGAUGGGAAAGGAUUCCUAAGAAAGAUGGACAUUCCUUUUCCUUCAGUGGAAAACUGCAUAUUCCAUUUCUCAGAGUUCUUAGUCAUUCUGAAAAGCAGCAGGAUUUAAAAGAGAAAGGAAGCAUUUUUCCUUUGUUUAAAUUUCCUUUCACUGACAGCCAUAUCACUGUUAAUGACCAGAGUUUUCAUGGCUCUGAAGUAACCAUCAAUGAAGAGAUUCAAAGAAACUGCCAAGAAAAUAACAAACUUAGUUCAAUAAAAUCUAGUUCAGUUCCAAAUAUUCAUAAUAAUCUAGAAAAAUUUGGUGAUACAGAGACAUUUAAUAAGAAUGAUCCAAAAAAUUGUUCUGAAGAUACCACACUUAAUAAAAUAAUGUCUGAUUCAGUUCCAAACAUAAAUAAUGAUCUUGGGAAAUUUGGGAGUAUAGAGGAAUUCAAUUCAAGUGAUCACACAACAGAAGAGAACUGUGAAAGAGAUACUUUAGCCAUCCCUGAAGUUGUGCCCCAAGAACAUAGACUCUCUGAUUCUUUAGGAGAAAGUAAGACUCUUACACAAGUGAUAUCUUUAACAGUAUCAGACUCUUCAUUAGCAUUGAUUCCUACCAUUUCAAAAUCAACCUUGGUUAAUGAAAUUGGUGAAGACAAACUUGUAGAUAAAGCUUCCAAGAAAAGAACCCAGGGAGGCCUCCUUUCUGGCCUAUUUAAUGGAUUAUCUUCUCUUAAAAACUUGUCUAGUUCACAAGAAAUAAAUUUGAAAAAUGAUGACUCUCAUUACAGGGACAACACCCCAAGCUCACUCUCAGGAAUAUUUAACUUGAUAUCCAGUGGCAGUAUGACUGAUUGUAAGCCAGAUGAAGCACAGUCCAUGUCUUUAGGUGUCACAACGACUUUGAGUGGAAAUAAGCAUUUAUCCUUGGAUGAGAUUGCUGUUACUUCAUGUGUGACUUCUGAGAACCAGAGGGACCAUGUUGCAAAACAAGCAACUUCUGGCUUCAUAAAAAACUUAUCUUUACCUAAAGAAAACAUACCAUUAACUGAUACUUGGGCUGAUAAUCAUCAUUGCUCUUCUGUGUGGAAAAACCAGCACAGUGAAAAGCAUUGCCCCUCUCCUGAGAACAGUGUCCUUCACCGUACACUAAGUGCUACGCAGGACCUUGUAGAGAAAUCUUUGCCAAAGAAGCCAACACCACACCAUAUUCUUGAGGCAAACCUAUAUGAAAAUUCAGAUAAGUUAAAUUCACCUAUACUGAGUACUAACAUUCUUAAUAAAUCAAAUCACUCUCAGGCUUUUGAAGAGAUAAACAGUCCUUUCUGUUAUGAAUGGGACUCUGAUAGAAAAAAUUUCUCUAAAAAUUCCAGACUACUUCAGCCAGCUUAUUGUAUGUUGAAUCAAAACACAUUUCCUUUAGCUGAUGUUUUUUUGUGGUCUGACUCAGAAAACUCAGCAAUAAAUUUUUGCCAAAAAGAUCAAAAUGCAAACAUCUUGGAGUGGAGAACAAAUUCAAACAGUGUCAUUUGGUGUGACUUAUCAUAUGAAUCAUUCAAUCAGUUUACAUUUAAUGAAGAGUACUUAUUAAGAGAUGAUAGGUGGGCAGCUAACUCAUUAUAUGGAAAUUCUUGUCAUCUUUCAAUUAAUGAGACUAAGAAUUCACUGGAAGAAUUGCCCAUUGACUUAAGUUAUUCUUCAGGUCAUGAAAAGACUACAUACCCCAUGGUUGAUCAAGAAUCAUUAGGAAUGGAUGAAAACUUUGUUUUUUCAAGUAUUGGUUAUGAAUACCAGGAAUGGUUGUCAUGUCUUGAAAAUGGAGUGUGGUGGCCAUCGGAGGAUGGAGACUAUGGAUAUUUUGUGUUCCAUGAUGGUCAGUAUAUCUAUUCUUUCCUCACUGAUUCUACUGGGCAGUAUGCUUAUUUAUUUAUACCUGAUUAUUCUCAUCAAGAGUAUUUGAAUUGUGAUUUGCAGACAAAUAAUCUAUCAAGUAUUAUAUUGGAUGACAGCAUUAUUUCUCCCUGUAGUUUUAGAGGACUAGACAAGGAAGAUAAGUUAUUGUGGUAUGUUGAAGAGGAACCAAUUGAGGACCCUCUUGAUUUAUCUAUAGUUUUGCCAAGAAGUGAUGGGCCAAUGUAUCUAAAUUCAGGAGCUUUUUCACGAGUACAUGAAGAAUCGAGUUAUGGCCCAAGGGAUCAACCAUUAGAUUUCUCAGUCUAUAAUUCUAAAAAAUUUGAAGAAGAUUUUGGAUUUUUUGAAGAAAGGCUGUGUGGUUCUGAAGACUUUGAAUGUACCUUGGAUCUCAGAAAUCAACCCCAAAGUAUUGGUAAUCAUGUCUUAAGUAAAAAUCAAAUUAACGAAGGAGAUAAGAACCAGGCUCUAGCUAAGGGUUCAUUAUCUCACCUUUCCAGUUUUCACUGGCUUCAGUCUUCUCAAGAAAGUGCCACUUUGGUUCAUCUUGAGAAUAUGACUGACAGCCCACAGCAAGCAGAAGAGAUGUCAUCGUUAAACAAAGUGAUUUCAUUAUUUUCUGCUUUGGGUGCUUCAGUUGGAAGUGCUUUGAAUCUUGAAAAGAAUGAAUCCUUAGAGUCUUCAGCCCUGCAUAAAAAGGAUCAGCAGUCUCACUUGGCAGGGUUUACAAAUGAUGAUCUUCAGUCAUUAAUCUUGAGUAAGCAAUCAGAGAGUAAAUCCCAAAAUGAGGAAGAAAAUCUUCUUAAGAAGGAUUCAGAGAGACAAAUAGUAUCCAAUGUUCAACAACUAGAAUCUACUGAAAAUAUGAAGCAAGAUUUCCCUUUAAAUAAAAGCAUUCAUGCGAAAAAACAAAGUUUGUUGAAAUCUGUUUUCCAGGUAAGCCAAACAACUCCUCCAGCUAAAUUAGGUAAAGAAGAUGAUGAAAUAAUCACAUCUGACUCUACUUCAGUUCCUCUUGCAUCACAGUUUAGUAGGGAUGAACACAAGAAUUGUGAGCUUUCCCAGGACCAGUCUUCCAAAGAGUCUGAGAGAACAUUAUUUAAAAGUGCAUUGAAACUCUUUGGUCGGGGUGAAGACUCUUCAGUAAGUCCAACAGAAAAUGAAAAACAGGCAUCUGGAUUUUUGAACCUUUUUAAAACCCAGGUGAAUAAAGAAGGAUCACCAAACUUAGAAAAGAGUGGUGAUAAAAAUAAAAAGAUAACAUCUCAGGAAAAGAAUGAAUCUUCCAAUGUUUUAAAUUUUUUGGGUACUCUGGGAGAUUUCUUUAAAACCAAUGUAUCUCCUACACAGACAUCUGAAAAUAUGUCUGUUUCUUCAAUGACAAAUAAGGAUGAGGUCAAGUCAAGUCCUAAUCUUACAAAACUAACUAACCAGGGUGUUGGGAACUUUCCUGUUGCACCAGUUUCCUCUAAAGGGAAAGUUCGAGUUAGAAGUCUGAAUAAACAGACUACUAUUGAUGGCAGUGAACUAAAGGAAGCAUCAACUAAGGAGAUCCAGGGUAAUAAUUUAACUGAAAAAGAGGCACCCUCCAGAGACCAUCUAAUCCAGCAGUCACCAAAUCCAUCUUUCUCAAGAAAUUGUCUUGAAGAGUCAUCAAGAGAUUCAAUAGUAACUAGUAGUGUGUCUACAGUGACAGAAUUUUCAAGAAGUAAUAAAAUAUCUUUUGAUAUUCUGAGCAGAAAAACUGUAGAAGAACAAGGUCAUUUUUCUGACAAAGAGUUGAGCUUUACAACUGCUACAACAUCUCCAUCCCAACCAGAGUUGCCAACCAGAAAGAGUAUAUUUUCUUUCCUGACUGGAUCCGAAAAAUCUGAGAACAGAGCCUCUGCUACUCUACCAAGAACCAAAUCUCAAGCAGAAGGGCUAUUCACACUUCCUUCCUUUUUUUCCACUACUAAUUCAGGCAUCAAGAAGGAUGCCUCUCAUAAUAGCUCUUUUAGUUUCUUCAGCUUGUCCUUUUUGGAUGAACAACAGCAGACUCCUGGGGGAAAGCAUAGCCUUUCAACUGUUACUCCAGUGACUUCCCAGCCCUGUAAGAAGCCAAGUGUUUUUGUAGACAUGGAUGGCACAAUGCCUGAAAGUCCCUGUGGCAAUAGAGAUAGCAUAGUCCCGGAGGUAGUUCAUGAACAUCAAAUGACUCCUUGUGUUUCCAUUAGCAACACUAUUGAGGUUACCUUCCUUGAAGAUGAGCUCAGUGUAGGGGAGGCCUAUCAGGGAAAACUAGAGUCCAGUAAUGGACCUGGAAUAUCUUUACCAGAUUUCCAGAUGAAUCAAUUGCAAAAAGACAAUAUUCCUCAUUCACCAGGAUUUCAGGCACAGGCUGAAACACUGCUCAUUGGACCAGAGACCCUUGGGGUAGCUUCUCAUGAAGAAGAUGAUUUCAUACAGGAAACCUCCCCUAGAGGUUUGCUGGCCAAGUCUUUUUCACAUGAUAGCCAUUUGAUUGAAAAUCUCAACAAUUUAGACGCUUGUACUAACCAUCACCAAAAUGAAAGAAUUUCUAGAGACCCAUUGAAUUUGCCAUUAGAAAAGACCCCUGUUGAGAUCUUAACACAGAUCCUGGAGCCAACUUCUUCAAGUUCUGUGGAGCGAGGUUGUGCAGGGAACCUCCAGAACCAAGACACAGAUAAAGAGGAAGACAAAUCAGUGUUGGAUUCUUCAGUAGAAAUGCUUUCAGGGUUUGUGACCAAAGUGAAAUCUUUCUCUGGGAGCUUAACUGAACCUCCUAAAACUUUCUCUGGAUUGUUUUCUUCUCAUAAAUCUCCAAAGAAAAACUCCUUUUUCUCUCUGUCUUCUGGUGUAUCAUCUCAGCCAUUCAAAAAUGAGUUAUUUGGAAUUUUCAAAAGUCCCAAACCAGAGACAUACAAAAAAGAACCACCUAUCCCAGGUACUGCACAGCUUCAAAAUGUUAGUUCCAGAGGUCCUGUGGGAUUGGUACCUCCAGAAAAUUUGUGGAAAGAUUUUGCUUCUGAAUCAAUAAAUUCAGAAUCUACUCUCAGUGACUGUAGAAUGAAUGUGGUUAGUGCAAAGUUGGACUCAGAGACCUUGACAGAUGACCCCAACCUAACAACUGAAAUGGAACAUAGUAAUAUUCCUGACAAGACCUUGACAGAUGAUCUAAAACUAAUGGCUGAAAUGGAAAAUGAUAUUCCUGAUAAUAUCCCAGAACGUCAGGGUUCUGAAACAAUUGGGGCUGCAUCUUCUGUCUCAGGGGACGAUACUGGGCAAGGAAUAUUAUCUCUGAGUGAUGAAGGAGACAUGGGGAUAUUGCAGGGUACAGACACAGAGGCAUCGUUUGAAGCAGAGCAUAUCUCAUUGCCAACACAGUUGCAUACAGAUCCUCUCUGUAUCACCAAAGAAUUUCCACCUCCAAUUCCACCACCUCUUCCUCUUGAGCCAGUGCCAGCUAUGCAGUCUGUCUCUACAAAACAAGAUGUCUUGGAGCUACAGGCAACCAUUUCACUAGAAACCAAUACUACUACAUUGUUCAGUGAGCCAAGUUCAGUUGGCCAGAGUGCCACACCAGAAACCCGGGGGUCCCUUUCUUGCCCUUUGCUAGAGGAAUCUGUGCUUUGUGCCGAAAGAAGUUAUGGGAUACCUGAUGCCCAGAAAGAUCCAACUACAACCCCCCAGGAAACAGAGCAGCCAAGACCACAUUUUGAGAUCCCAAACAUGACCAAGUGGCCAAAGCUCCAUUUCCCAUCCUCUGCUACUGACUAUGGGAAACCACUGAGCUCUUUCUUUUCCUCAUCUUCCUCCUCUGGCAAUAGGGCAGCAGAGACUGGUUUAAUGUCUGGUUUUAAAAAGUUGUCAACUCUGUUUGAGGGAGGUAAUGAGGAAAAAGGGAGUACAGUGACUAGUGAUCCCAAACUAAGGUUUGGAAAGAAGCUGGAUCUUUUAUUCCCAUGGCCAAAAGAGAGCAAAGGGAACCCUGAACAAAUGCCUACAGAAUCCUCUCCAGUUCGGGUUAUCAGCAGUGAUCAGGACCUUAACUCCAAUGAAGCUGACAAAGCUUUGGAGUCUUCUCAAAUGUCUGGGGCCAGUGCUGAGCCAGCUAAGGUCUCUACCCAGCUCACUGUGACCUCUGAGCAGGUGGAGGCCAAACCAAGAAUAUGUACUCAUGGGCUUUUAGAGUCUGGAGAAGUGGAAAGCCAACAGGAAAUCCCAGCAUCUGGAGAAGACUGGGGUACUAAAGGCAACCUCUCUGGCCUCAGCAGCCCUUCAGGCAAUCAUGAGAAAGAGCACUGCACUGUUUCUGAGCUACUUCACCAACCAGAAACACAAGAAGAGGAGGCAAUGCCUACUAGCACUGACUCUGUUUUGAAUGUGCAGCUGCCAGUUACUCUGCAUGGCAUCGAAGAACUAAAGACCAACAAAAGCCCUGCCAGCAGUAGUAGGUAUGGCUCCUCCUGCAAUGUGAGCCAAGGAAGCUCUCAGCUGAGUGAACUAGAUCAGUGUCACGAACAAGAUGAUGAUCGUCGGGAGAGGGACUCAAUUCAUUCCUGCCACAGCUCCGGUAGCUUCUCAAAAGAUGGCCAAGUGGGUUUUGGAGAACAAGGUAAAACCUUGGAGGUGACAGGUGAAGAAGAGAAGGGGAGAGCAUGUGAAUCCAAGGAGAAGAAAGAUGACGUCACAACCUGUCCUACCCCAGAUCUGGUGCUACACAAAGACCAUGUCCCAGGGCCCCAGGAGAGUUUUCCUGAGGAGAAUGCGUCUUCACCAUUUACCCAAGCCAGAGCACACUGGAUCCGGGCAGUUACCAAGGUUCGACUCCAGCUGCAGGAGAUUCCAGAUGAUGGCGACUCCUCUUUGCCCCAGUGGCUCCCAGAAGGGCCAGCUGGAGGACUCUAUGGCAUCGACAGCAUGCCAGAUCUACGCAAAAAGAAGCCACUGCCACUUGUCAGUGAUCUGGCAAUGUCAUUGGUCCAGUCCCGGAAGGCAGGGAUUACUUCUGCGAUGGCUACACGCACCUCUCUUAAGGAUGAAGAACUGAAAUCCCACGUGUAUAAGAAAACCCUGCAGGCCUUAAUCUACCCCAUCUCGUGUACCACACCACACAACUUCGAGGUCUGGAGCGCCACUACCCCAACCUACUGCUAUGAGUGUGAAGGCCUGCUCUGGGGCAUUGCCCGGCAGGGCAUGCGCUGCAGUGAGUGUGGUGUCAAGUGUCAUGAGAAGUGCCAGGACCUGCUCAACGCCGACUGCCUGCAGCGGGCUGCAGAAAAGAGCUGUAAACACGGAGCUGAGGACCGGACCCAGAACAUUAUCAUGGCCAUGAAAGACCGCAUGAAGAUCCGAGAGCGGAAUAAGCCGGAGAUCUUCGAAGUUAUCCGGGAUGUCUUCGCCGUGAGCAAAGUUGCCCACGUGCAACAGAUGAAAACAGUGAAGCAGAGUGUGCUGGAUGGCACCUCCAAAUGGUCAGCCAAGAUUACCAUCACUGUGGUGUGUGCCCAGGGCCUACAAGCCAAGGACAAGACUGGAUCCAGUGACCCCUAUGUGACUGUGCAAGUGGGCAAAACCAAGAAGCGUACCAAGACCAUUUUUGGGAACCUGAAUCCUGUUUGGGAGGAAAAGUUCCAUUUUGAGUGCCACAACUCUUCUGACCGCAUUAAGGUACGUGUGUGGGAUGAGGAUGAUGACAUCAAGUCGAGAGUAAAGCAGCGGCUAAAGCGUGAGUCUGAUGAUUUCCUUGGCCAAACCAUCAUUGAGGUUCGGACACUGAGUGGCGAGAUGGACGUCUGGUACAACUUGGAGAAGAGGACGGACAAAUCAGCCGUCUCAGGGGCUAUCCGACUGCAAAUCAGUGUGGAAAUCAAGGGGGAGGAGAAGGUAGCCCCGUAUCAUGUGCAGUAUACAUGUCUCCAUGAGAACCUUUUCCAUUACCUCACAGACAUUCAGGGCAGUGGAGGAGUCCAGAUCCCCGAGGCUCGAGGAGAUGAUGCGUGGAAGGUGUACUUUGAUGAGACUGCCCAAGAGAUUGUGGAUGAAUUUGCCAUGCGCUAUGGCAUCGAAUCCAUAUAUCAGGCCAUGACGCACUUCGCAUGUUUGUCAUCCAAGUACAUGUGUCCUGGUGUGCCAGCAGUGAUGAGCACCUUACUGGCCAACAUCAAUGCCUACUAUGCCCACACAACCGCCUCCACCAAUGUGUCUGCAUGCGAUCGCUUUGCAGCCUCCAACUUUGGGAAAGAGAGAUUUGUGAAACUACUGGACCAGCUGCACAACUCACUGAGGAUUGACCUCUCUACAUACAGGAAUAAUUUCCCUGCUGGGAGCCCAGAGCGGCUUCAGGACUUGAAGUCCACAGUGGAUUUGCUGACCAGCAUUACUUUCUUCAGAAUGAAGGUACAAGAACUACAGAGCCCUCCGAGAGCCAGCCAGGUGGUAAAGGAUUGUGUGAAGGCCUGUUUGAACUCCACAUAUGAGUAUAUCUUCAACAACUGCCAUGACUUGUACAGCCGUCAGUACCAGCUGAAGCAGGAACUACCUGUAGAGGAACAAGGGCCUAGCAUUCGAAACCUGGAUUUCUGGCCUAAACUCAUCACGCUCAUUGUGUCAAUCAUAGAAGAAGAUAAGAAUUCCUACACACUCGUUCUGAACCAGUUUCCUCAGGAGUUGAAUGUGGGAAAAGUCAGCGCAGAAGUGAUGUGGCAACUUUUUGCCCAAGACAUGAAAUAUGCACUGGAGGCAUCCACCAUCAUUCGUAUACGAAAAGUCCUCUUUCUGGGUGAGCAUGAGAAAAACCGGCUGUGUAAGAGUGCUGACUACAUGAACCUACACUUCAAGGUCAAGUGGCUGCACAAUGAAUAUGUGUGGGAUCUGCCUGCCUUCCAGGGGCAGGUGCCCGAGUACCCAGCGUGGUUCGAGCAAUUUGUCCUGCAGUGGCUGGAUGAGAAUGAGGAUGUAUCCCUGGAGUUCCUGCGUGGGGCCCUGGAACGAGAUAAGAAGGAUGGGUUCCAGCAGACAUCAGAGCACGCACUCUUUUCCUGCUCCGUGGUGGACGUCUUCACACAGCUCAACCAGAGCUUUGAGAUCAUCCGAAAGCUGGAAUGCCCAGACCCCAACAUCCUUGCCCAGUACAUGAGGAGGUUCGCUAAGACCAUCGGGAAGGUGCUGAUGCAGUAUGCGGACAUCUUGUCAAAGAACUUCCCAGCUUAUUGCACAAAGGAGAAAAUGCCCUGCAUCCUGAUGAACAACAUGCAGCAGCUGAGGGUCCAACUGGAGAAAAUGUUUGAGGCCAUGGGAGGCAAGGAGCUGGACCCUGAAGCUUCAGACAGUCUGAAGGAGCUGCAGGUGAAACUGAAUACAGUUCUGGAUGAGCUCAGCAUGGUGUUUGGAAACAGUUUCCAGGUGCGGAUUGAUGAGUGCAUUAGACAAAUGGCCGACAUCCUGGGCCAGGUGCGGGGCCCAGGGAAUGCAUCCCCCAAUGCCAGGGCCUCAGUGGCUCAGGAUGCAGAUAGCGUGCUCCGGCCUCUCAUGGACUUCCUGGAUGGCAACCUCACCCUCUUUGCCACGGUGUGUGAGAAGACGGUCCUGAAGCGUGUGCUGAAGGAGCUCUGGCGGGUGGUGAUGAACACAAUGGAAAGGAUGAUCGUUCUGCCCCCACUCACUGACCAGACGGGCACCCAGCUGAUCUUCAGUGCUGCCAAGGAGCUGAGCCAUCUUUCCAAACUCAAGGACCACAUGGUGCGAGAGGAAACACGGAGUCUUACUCCAAAGCAGUGUGCCAUCCUCGACCUCGCCCUGGACACCAUCAAGCAAUAUUUUCAUGCAGGGGGCAACGGGCUGAAGAAAACCUUCCUGGAGAAGAGCCCAGAUCUGCAGUCCCUCCGCUAUGCCCUGUCUCUGUACACACAGACCACAGACACACUCAUCAAGACCUUUGUGCGCUCGCAGACUGCCCAGGUGCAUGAUGGGAAAGGUAUUAGGUUUACUGCUAAUGAGGACAUUCGGCCGGAAAAGGGAUCUGGUGUGGAUGAUCCUGUUGGAGAAGUCUCUAUUCAGGUGGACUUGUUUACACAUCCUGGAACUGGGGAGCACAAGGUCACAGUGAAAGUGGUGGCUGCCAAUGACCUCAAGUGGCAGACAGCAGGGAUGUUCCGACCCUUUGUGGAAGUGACCAUGAUUGGCCCACACCAAAGUGAUAAGAAGAGGAAGUUUACAACCAAGUCGAAAAGCAACAACUGGGCCCCCAAGUACAAUGAGACAUUUCACUUCCUCCUGGGAAAUGAAGAGGGGCCAGAAGCCUAUGAAUUGCAAAUAUGUGUGAAGGAUUACUGCUUUGCCCGGGAGGAUCGAGUUCUAGGACUGGCUGUGAUGCCCCUGAGGGAUGUGGCAGCCAAGGGCAGCUGUGCCUGCUGGUGUCCCUUGGGCCGGAAGAUCCACAUGGAUGAGACAGGCAUGACCAUUCUCCGGAUUCUGUCUCAGAGGAGCAAUGAUGAAGUGGCUCGAGAGUUCGUGAAGCUCAAGUCAGAGUCUCGUUCCAUGGAGGAGGGGAGCUGAGCACCUAAACUCCUGGGCCAACCAGAUGGCUCCAGUUCCACAAAUCAGGGCCGGUGGGAGUUACUGUGCAGCCAGCUUAGGUCCUCAUAGUUAAGAGGCUGAAUCCUUCAGUUAAAGAAAUUAAAGGAAAAUUUGGGGGUGGUGAGAGUUUGGCUUUUCACAGAAAGGGUCAUGAAUCCCCUAACCAGGUCUGUGGUGCUAGGAGCUAGGCGGUGGGGUUACUGCAUAGGGAGAUUUUCCGUUAAGAGAGAGACAGGCAUUUCUGAGUGUCAUCCAUUCCUGGUAGACACCCUUCCACCCCACACCCCACAUCUACCCCUCGCCAUACCAUACCUUAUCCAGUUGGACCCAUGCGUACCAAUCACUAGAAGGAAAAGUAUAGAGGGCCAGGAGCUUGUACCCAGCUAGCUAAGUAGUCAGUUGAGCCUGUAGGUGUCACUGAGCCCUAUAGUCUGGACUGAAGUACAGCCAGGGCAAGAGCACACAGAACAGAACUCAGACUGCUCCUUGAGCAGAAUCCACUAGUUUUGUGUGGCCCCAGUGAGAAUAAGGCUUUGAAACUGAACAAGAUACCUUCUAGAAAUGAGCUAUACUGAUCCCUCACCCAGCUGAUAUCUGUCAUGAGCAGGAGCAGGUUCAUAUAUACGGUGCUUCAGAGCCUUGAGCAGAAUAUUCUUUAGAACUCCAGCACCAGAGGCCACCUUCCCAGGAGCGCCCCCCGCACCUCACUCCUGUAGGAGGGGAGUGACGCUUCAGGACACGAGAGGCUCUUCUUAUGUGGAUGCAUCUGAGGGCUCGUGGAAGGAUCCAGGAGGGAGGGCUAUAUUUUCUUCUUGGGUAGGCCCUGAACAAAGCCAAAAAUUUUAUAAAUUAGUCUAGAAGGAGUCCUCCUCAUCUAUGGACACCACCUUCUAGCUGUCCUCCCCCUUGUAGAAAGAAUCUAGCCUUUGACCUCACUCUUUCAUAAGGUCAGCUGCUGUUCCCCUCAUAGACGCUCAAACCUCCAGAAGAAGCUUGAACUAUGAUCCUUCUAUACAGGCUGGAUGGAGGGGGGCCUCAACUCUCCUGGGAGGUCAGAGACAAGCUCUUUCAAGGGGUCAUAUGGACUUCCAGGCCUUCGCUCAGACAUGUGAUAUAGCCCUUUAAUGUCCUUGGCAGCAGCCUCCUGGACUUCCUUCCUGGACUUCCUUCCUGGAUGUUUUGAGAACUCUGUGUUGUCCACAGCUGUUCUGGCCGUUAUGUGAAACAAGAAACUAAGUUUUUGUUGUUGUUGUUGUUGUUGUUACUUAUUGUAUGUGCCAUUGUUACAGGAGAUUAUUGGCUAGUCUGUAAUAAAUUAUCUUAUAGCAGC